AUGGCCUCGAAGUGUGUUCAUAAAGGGUGUGGCAAGGUGUUUACUGACGCUGAUGAGUCGUGUGUCUACCAUCCUGGCCCGCCGAUAUUCCACGAGGGACAGAAAGGCUGGAAAUGCUGCAAACCUCGAGUUCUUACCUUUGAUGAAUUCCUCGUCAUCCCGCCAUGUACGACCGGAAAACACUCUACGGUUGACGAUACACCUGUUGAACCAAAGAAGGAGGCUGUUGAUGUACCAGAGCCAACCCCUGCUGCGCCUGGCACCACCAAGCCAAUCGCCGUAUCAGCUGCGCUGCCUCCCUCUCUCAGUGCAACCGGAGCCCAUACCCCUACGCCUACAGGUACUCCCGCACCACCAGAAUCCGAGUCGGACGACCCUUCUUUGGAAAUACAGCAGGGCGCAACAUGCCGUCGGAAGGGAUGCGGUAAGACGUAUAGCGGGUCUGGAUCUAGGGAGGGCGAGGAGUGUGUACAUCACCCUGGAUACCCGGUCUUCCAUGAGGGGAGUAAAGGAUGGAGUUGCUGCAAGAGGAGGGUGCUGGAGUUCGACGAGUUCUUGAAGCUGCCUGGCUGUACAACCAAGAAUCGCCAUUUGUUUAUUGGGAAGGGGAAGAAGUCUGCCGAAGAGAAGGUUAAUGACGUGCGGACCGACUUCUACCAGACCCCGGCGACGGUGAUAGCAUCGGUAUACCUGAAGAAGAUAGACAAGGAUACCGCAAAGGUCGACUUUUCGUCUCCAACCACAAUCGAUCUGGACCUACCCACGUCGGACAACAAACGCUUCACACAAGUCUUUUCCCUCUUCGCCCCAAUCGACACAGAGAAAUCGAGCUAUAAGAUCAUGGGAACGAAGCUUGAAUUCACGCUGGUGAAGGCGAAUCAUGAGAGCUGGGCGACACUGAGAAGCACAGAUCCGAGGACAGGCGAAAUCAUCCAGACCGGACGGCCGACGAGGGCGUAA